UCCAUACCUGUUUUGUAUGUAAACAGAGUGGGGAAGAUGUUAAAAGAUGCCUUCUGCCAUUGUGUGGAAAGUUUUAUCAUGAAGAGUGUGUCCAAAAGUACCCACCCACUGUCAUGCAGAACAAGGGCUUUCGGUGCUCCCUCCACAUCUGUAUAACCUGCCAUGCUGCUAAUCCAGCCAGUGUUUCUGCAUCUAAAGGUCGUCUGAUGCGAUGUGUCCGCUGCCCUGUGGCAUACCAUGCCAAUGACUUUUGUCUGGCUGCUGGGUCAAAAAUACUUGCUUCUAAUAGUAUCAUCUGCCCAAAUCACUUUACACCCAGGCGAGGCUGCCGAAAUCAUGAGCAUGUUAACGUUAGUUGGUGUUUUGUAUGCUCAGAAGGAGGCAGCCUUCUGUGCUGUGAUUCUUGCCCUGCUGCUUUUCAUCGGGAAUGCCUGAACAUUGAUAUCCCUGAAGGAAACUGGUAUUGCAAUGACUGUAAGGCAGGCAAAAAACCACAUUACAGGGAAAUUGUCUGGGUAAAGGUUGGACGAUACAGGUGGUGGCCAGCUGAGAUCUGCCAUCCUCGAGCUGUACCUUCCAACAUUGAUAAGAUGAGACAUGAUGUGGGCGAGUUCCCUGUGCUCUUCUUUGGGUCUAAUGACUAUCUCUGGACUCACCAGGCCAGAGUCUUGCCCUACAUGGAGGGGGAUGUAAGCAGCAAAGAUAAGAUGGGCAAAGGAGUGGAUGGGACAUAUAAAAAAGCUCUUCAGGAAGCUGCAGCAAGGUUUGAGGAGUUAAAGGCCCAAAAAGAACUAAGACAGCUGCAGGAAGACCGAAAGAACGAUAAGAAACCACCGCCUUAUAAACAUAUAAAGGUGAACCGUCCUAUUGGCCGGGUACAGAUCUUCACUGCAGACUUGUCUGAAAUUCCCCGUUGCAACUGUAAAGCUACUGAUGAUAACCCCUGUGGGAUAGACUCUGAGUGCAUCAAUCGCAUGCUGCUUUAUGAGUGCCACCCCACAGUAUGUCCUGCCGGCGGACGCUGCCAAAACCAGUGCUUUACUAAGCGCCAGUACCCAGAGGUGGAGAUUUUUCGCACAUUACAGAGGGGCUGGGGUCUUCGAACAAAAACCGAUAUUAAAAAGGGUGAAUUUGUGAAUGAGUAUGUGGGUGAGCUAAUAGAUGAAGAAGAAUGCAGAGCUCAAAUCCGUUAUGCCCAAGAACACGAUAUCACUAAUUUCUAUAUGCUCACCCUUGACAAAGAUCGGAUCAUUGAUGCUGGUCCCAAAGGAAACUAUGCUCGGUUCAUGAAUCACUGCUGCCAGCCCAACUGUGAAACACAGAAGUGGUCUGUGAAUGGAGACACCCGUGUUGGCCUUUUUGCCCUGAGUGACAUUAAAGCAGGCACUGAACUUACCUUCAACUACAACCUAGAAUGUCUUGGGAAUGGAAAGACUGUUUGCAAAUGUGGAGCCCCAAACUGCAGAGGCUUUCUGGGUGUAAGGCCAAAGAAUCAACCCAUUGCCACGGAAGAAAAGUCAAAGAAAUUCAAGAAGAAGCAACAGGGGAAGCGAAGGAGCCAGGGUGAAAUCACAAAGGAGCGAGAGGAUGAGUGUUUCAGCUGUGGGGAUGCUGGCCAGCUCGUCUCCUGUAAGAAGCCAGGCUGCCCAAAAGUUUACCAUGCAGACUGUCUCAAUCUAACCAAGCGACCGGCAGGGAAAUGGGAGUGUCCUUGGCAUCAGUGUGACAUCUGUGGGAAGGAAGCGGCCUCCUUCUGCGAGAUGUGUCCUAGCUCCUUUUGCAAGCAGCAUCGGGAAGGGAUGCUCUUCAUCUCCAAACUGGAUGGACGUCUGUCUUGUACUGAGCACGACCCCUGUGGGCCCAACCCUUUGGAACCUGGGGAGAUCCGUGAGUAUGUGCCUCCCCCGGUACCACUGACUCCAGGCCCAAGCACUCACCUGGCAGAGCAACAAUCAUCAGGAGUUGCUGCUCAGGGGCCCAAGAUGUUGGACAAGCCACCUGCUGAAGCCAACCAGACAUUGUCACUGUCCAAAAAAACUCUGGCAGGGACUUGUCAGAGGCCACCACCACCUGAAAGACCUCCUGACAGAACUGACUCCAGGCCCCAGCCUGUAGAAAGGGUCAGGACCCUUGCUGGGUCAGGGGCCAAACCCCAGUCCUUGGUAUCCAGCCAGAAGUCAGUGGACAGGCCAUCUACAGUGGGAGGACCAAGAACCCAACUAUCUGACAAACCCUCUCCAGUGACCGGCCCAAGCUCUUCACCCUCAGUCAGGUCCCAACCACUGGAAAGACCUCUAGGGGCAGCUGACCCAAGGCUGGAUAAAUCCAUAGGUGCUGCCAGCCCAAGGCUCCAGUCACUGGAAAAAAACCCAGUCCCUACUGUCCUGAGACUUCCACCAUCAGACAGACUGCUCGUCACCAGCAGCCCCAAACCCCAGACUUCAGACAGGUCUCCAGAGAAAUCCCAUGCUUCUUUGACCCAGAGAUUCCCACCUCCUGACAAAGUGCUAUCAGCUGUGGUCCAGACACUGGUAGCUAAAGAAAAGGCACUGAGGCCCGUGGACCAGAAUACUCAGUCAAAAAACAGAGCUGCUUUGGUGAUGGAUCUUAUAGACCUAACUUCUCGCCAGAAAGAACGGGCAGCUUCUCCUCAUGAGGCCACACCACAAGCUGAUGAGAAGAUGCCAGUGUUGGAGUCCAGCUCAUGGCUUGCCAGCAAAGGUCUGGGGCAGAUGUCUCGAGCUGUAGAGAGAGGCAGUGUGUCAGAGCCUGUCCUUCAGCCUCCUGGAAAAGCCGUGGCCCCCUUGGAGCACCCCUGGCAAGCUGUUAAAUCACUCACCCAAGCCAGACUUCUUUCUCCAUCCCCUGCCAAGGCUUUUUUAUAUGAGUCAGCAACUCAGGCUGCAGGAAGAGCACCUGCAGGAGCUGAGCAGAUCCCAGGGCCUCCCAGCCAAGCACUGGGCCUGGUGAAGCAGGUGAAACAGAUGGCUGGAGGCCAUCAAGUACCUGGACUUGGUGCCAAGAGUGGGCAGUCCUUCAGGCCUCUUGGGAAGGCCCCAUCCUCCCUCUCCACUGAAGAGAAAAAGUUGGCAACCACAGAGCAGAGUUCCUGGGCCUUAGGAAAGACCUCACCAGGGCCAGGGCUCUGGCCCAUGUUGGCUGGACACACACUGGCAUCGUCUUGCUGGUCGUCUGGGAGCACACAGACAUUGGCACAGACUUGCUGGUCUCUUGGAAGAGGGCAAGACCCUAAACCAGAGCAAAACACAUUUCCAACUCUUAACCAGGCGCCUUCCAGUCACAAGUAUGCAGAGUCAGAACAGAAAUAAUACCAGUAAAUGUCAGAUGACCAGACCAGCUACCCCCAGGGUUCUUGGAGGAGGGAAAUAUUAUUCUCCUCCCUUAUAAAACAGACCCCACUCCCUUUUCACUGUUAUUCUUUCUUUAUAUCCCAACACUCAGAACUCUUGUGACAUUAGCCAGUGGGGGCUUGUGGUUAUGUGAAACAUGUAUGGAAAUCCAAGUGGGUUCUUUCCCUCAACCCUUAAAUGGUCACCUUGAAAUAAAAAGUCCACUUGGAGUCAAACAUGGGAUUCAAUUCCGCUGGUCAGGUUGGAAGAUAGAGGGGCCUUUGAUGCUAUUUCUCCAUGCCUACAGAGCCCCACUGAAGGCACCUGAUGAACCCUUGGGAGGAACUGAUACCCAUUCAAACCAGUGGCAAUUUCUUGAGCAUUCAUGUGUGCUAGGCCAGGUGCUGGUCACUGAUAGGAGAUACAAAGAUAAAUAAGACCUGAUUCUUAUGAGCCUAGCAUGCCUAACAGUUUCUAGGCUGUUUUUAAGAACCUUUGACCAGGAAAUAACAUGAAGUUCUGAGGGGCCCUGGGGCAUGGUCCCAGAAAUGAUUGUAUUGAGUAAGUUUCCUCAGGCUCAGUGUGCAUGUGUGCAUGUGCAUGCAUGUGUGCUCAUGCAGCUGUCUACAGGCAGGGUGAGCUGCAGAGGCCAAGUGAGAUUGUUGGCUGGGCAGCCACCACCACUGCUUCUGUCUGAAGAUCUAUACUUGAUGGAAUAGCUGAUUGUGGGGAGGCUGGGCUCUACAAUGAUGUAGCUUUCCCAUAGUGUAAGAAGGCAAUUGGCAAGCUUAUCUUUCUUUUUUACCCAUUUUCCUCCUUUUACAUCAAUCCACCCUAUGCCCGUCCCCCACACACUCAGGUGCUUUCAGAUUUCAGAGUCUUGGGCAGUGGACCUAGGCAUCUCUAGCAAGCUCUGAGCUAGAUCCACCACCAGCUCAGGGAGGGUGCCAGAUCCUGACAGAAAAUGACUUCUCUUCUGAUCCUUUGCUCUCCUGCCUGAAUGGAGGGAGUCCUCUUCUUCACUAGUGGAUUUCACCACCCUCCCCUGAGAAUUGUGCUCUGUGUUGAGAGGACUUGCCUGCUGACUCAAGUUUAAAGGCAGCCAUAACCCUUCCUUUAUGACUGGCAAGAUGUGGCAUUUAGAGAAAGGUCCAGUCUAAGAGUUGACUCCUCAUAACUGCUGAUUAUCUGUUACUGCUGCCCUGAGCUGGGGCUCAAGGGCUGGGAAAUCUGUUGGUGCUACCCUGCCCUACCAUUCACCCAGCUCACUGACUGCCAACAGGAAGUGCUGUUUGGCCAGUUUCUUCCCAUUCAUCCAUGUCUCUUUUGUCCCUAGACUAAAUGUGUUUACCUAUCUGCUUUGCCAACUUAGCCAGCAGCUUUAGCCAACCAGGCCAUCUGGCCCAAAUGUCUCCUAACCAUUCUGUCUCAGUUAUGGCUUUUAUAUCAACAGGAGUCUGUAUUUUGUCCCAGUUUCCUCCUGAGUUCCUAGUGAGGCUACUCUAAUCACUCUAAAGGAGGGAAUAAUAGUUACAGAAGCAUUUGCGCUUUAUAUAAAAAUUAAAAAGAAUUUGCUUUUAUUUCCCAAAGUGGGUCUCUGGGAUUGAGACACUUGAACUCAGGCAGAGGCACAAGGCUGGGCAGGGCUGCCCCGAGUUUAGGGGCCUAUCCUUGCAUCUCACUUAGACCUCGGAAUCUCCUCUGUAAAUUCCACCUGCCUAGUUCACUUUCAUCCUAACUCUCUUCCCACAUCAUCAGAGAAGAAAAGCUCUUGGUUGAAAAGGAAGAGAAAACAAAGUAUCUUAUUUUCUUUUUAAAAAAUUUUAAACCAUGGAAAAGAUAUUUUUAAAGAAAUCCACCCAGAACGUUAAAGUUCAUUAUAUUAAGUAUUUAUCAUGUGUGAGAAUAAUAAGUAUAUAACUGCAGCUAGUAGGUCUUUUCCCCUAAUCUCUUAGGUUGUACGAGUAGGGUUUGCUUGGUGCCAGUCCUGUGCCCUUUUCUCUCCUGUCAUCUGUAGUUGCGAUCAGAAAAAGUAUCCACACUGCACUGUCAGAAUCUCUUUUCACUAUGUUGUGUGUUAAAUUACCGUAGUUCUUUGUUUAAUGGAAUAAACUGUGAAUUUUUUUUGUGGUGGGGGGUUGUGCAGGCUUUGUAAAAAUUUGUAAAUGGAGAAGUUCGAUCCUAAAAUAGCUUCUCUGAAGUAGGCUUUGGUAGGUAAUUUUCUUGACAGCCACUCUAGACAUGUCUCAUAGGACAGGAAGGAGUGAGGGAAAGGUGGGCCAUGGUUGACCACUUUAUAAAGGGUUUGUUUUGGUCCUUUCCGUUUUCCACCACUCACUGAAUACUUCCUUCCAGACCUGCCUGGGAAAACAAUUGAGUUAUGCUUGGUUUACGGGGUAGGAGGCAGUUCUUUAUCUAAAUGGAUGGAGUGCCAGGCUUUCCUGGGUGCCAUUUGGAAAGACUUCCAGCUUGAAUGGAACCUAGAAAUUCAACUGUGAGGCCCCCUGAUCUCAGCAUCUCAUUCUAGAUCAUUAACAUGUAAUCAUGAAAGCAGUCACUGUACAAUUAGAAGCACAAUCAGGACUGUUGGGAACUGAUAUUCCAUGAUGCUGGGAGGGAGUGACUACCCUUGAGGACGCUCCUGGAGCCUGUGCUAAGACCUUUUCUCCAAGGAUUGCGAGUUGGAAAUUAAAAGGUAAUCUUUUCUCUUAGACAUUCCUGAUCUUUAUGCAGGAUGGUGUUUUUGGUAUUUGGCUAAGUGCUUGGAAACCGGGAUCUCGAGAAUAUGCCUCUAAGCCACUUUCCCAGGAAGCCUUUUCCAGGGGGAAGCCAUAGCUUCCAUAGGUAGCUAGAGAACAAAUACCUCUCCUAGCCCUGUUAAGUCAGGAAAAAAACAA